AACUUUUGAUUCGACUGAACCUACCUCUUCAAGUUCGAUGUUUCAAAAUGUAAUUGAAUCUGGAACUCUUAUGGAAAUAACGAUCCAUCCUCCAAAGCGAUUAAAAAAGAACCCUUUCUGGAACGAACUUACUAAAAUCGAGAGGUGGAAAGAAAUUAUGCAAGCCAUUAAGGCAAAGUUGAACCUUACUACCGAGCGAAGAAAUAUUUUCGAAAGCAAAAAUACAAUUAACCCAAUACGUAAAAGCUUAAAGACCUGGUAUGAAGCGGGUAUUAUUGACUGUAAUGAAG